UUGACGAGCGGCCCUGCGAGCACUUCUCAUAGCAUCCUCGUGAAGGGCCGCCGGCAGCGCCAGCAAGGCUGCGUCCGUGACUCGCUCCCGUCGCGUUGCGGGCGGUGCGUGCGCGGCUGCCCGAGGUCGCAGGAGGCGGCAGCGGUGGUGGAGAGGGAGGUCUUCCUCCCUGCGGCAUCAUGAAAGCUGUGAGUCCCGUCCGACACCCAAGCCGCAAGGCGCAGCCCGGCGUGGCGGGCGGCGGCGGGGGCCACCCGGCCCUGCGGUGCCUGGCCGAGCACAGCGGCUGCAAGGGGAGCCCGCCGUCGGGCGAGGAGCCUGCGGCGCUGUGCCUGCAGUGCGAUAUGAAUGACUGUUACAGCCGGCUGAGGAAGCUGGUGCCCACCAUCCCGCCCAACAAGAGGGUCAGCAAAGUGGAGAUCCUGCAGCACGUCAUCGACUACAUCCUCGACCUGCAGCUGGCUCUGGAGACGCACCCGGCGCUGCUUCGGCAGCAGCAGCAGCCACCCGCCCUACACCCGGGUAGCUGUCCCGUGGUCACCCCAAGGACCCCGCUGACAGCCCUCAACACUGACCCGGUAAGAGGCUGGCUCUGUUAACAAGCCGGGAGACAGCAUCCUCUGCCGCUGACCGCCGCUCCCCAGAUGUAAGCCGUGCGACCGCGGUUGUCGGCCUCGAGCUGGAAAAGUUGCGACUCUGCCCCGGGAUAAGAGGACCCGAACCUAAACCAGACUUUAGAAGCGUUGUAAUUCGUAAGGGACCGAGCAGCUGAAUCUUGAAGCUUUACUAAUCUACCAGAGCAUUUGUAGAUGAUAUUUGACAUCUAUUGUUUAAAAUAGAUGGAUUUUAUUUGGGGCCCAGGGAACUUUCUUCUCCCUGCAGGAAUGUUACAUAUUGUAUAGAUAAAUGAGUGACAUUUCAUACUGUGUAUAUAUAGAGAUGUUCUAUAAGUGUGAGAAAAGUAUAUGCUUUAAUAGACUACUGUAAUUAUAAAAUAUUUUUAAUUAAAUAUUUUUUUGUAAAUAUUAUAAAGGUGUGUAUGUUUUUUUUAAAUCUGUGGGAAUAUCUCUCUAGAAGACCACAGCUCAAGUAUGGAGCUGCUAAUAUGGAAGUAUCUUGAAUGUUUAGGGCUUCUUUUUUUGUUUGUCCCCAGAUGUCCUUUAAACUCAGAAGUUAACAGCUAUAGCUAGUGGUCCUGCAUGAUUGCAUGAGAUGUUUAAUUGCAAAUAAACUUGUUUGGAGUCCAUACAAACGUGUUUUCCUCAAUCUAGACUUGAAAUGUUUGUACGUGUAUUAUACAUUUUGAGACUACACUUUUGUCAUUUAGGCACAGGGGUUUUUAGUGCAUUCUAUAGGAGUAGCAGUAAGAUGUAGUGUUUUUAUGACAAUAGAAAAAUUCUUACCUAGUUUUUGCAUUAUGGGGGCGAUGCUUUAGAUCUUUAAUCAGCUUUUCUUUAAAAAAAAUGCUGUUGCAUCAGAUCAAGAAAUUUGUGAUGGAACUUCAUUCAGCACCAAAAGGUUUUAUUGCAACCUUGCAUUCCUACAGCCUAUUAACUGCUUAAAAAGUGAAAACAGUUCUCUGCUUGCAACCAAAGGGCAAACCAUUAACAAAACCAGUUGCUGUUUCCUUCGUCCAAAGAGUAUUAAUACUGAACUGCAGAAAAGCACAUGGGCAAAGUCGUUACGAUCAGUGAUGUAAAUUCACCUUAAAAUGAACUGAAGUAGACCAAAAAUCAGAUAACUGCGUCAAGAUUAUUUUUCUAGUACAAAAUGACUUACAUUUCACUGCAGCUAUGUUACAGUUAAAAUCCUGUUUAAUCUCUGUGAUGUGUAACUACAUGUGAACAUUAAACUAGAUUUACCUGUCUUUAA